CAGUUGAUCGCAUUGCAAAUGGCGGCACCUUGUUAUUGUUCAUGGCGUUUUAUGACUUGUCUCUUUAUAUUAGCGAUUAUGUCGAGUUUUUUCGCGAUCCCUGCCGCGCGCUGUGUGCCGAGAGUGAAGUAGGGCCCGCGCGGUGUGUUUUAGGUUAAGACCAGUGCCCGGGCGGUGUGCCUCCGUGCUGUACGGACGCGUGAAAUCCCGGACAGUGUCGGAAAGAAAUGGGUAAACAAGAUUAGUAGUACUGGUGUGAUUUGGGGCUGUCGGUGUACGACUGACACACGACAUCUCAUCAUCACACACAUAUUGGAGCAAUACCCCGAGGCGUUUCUACACUCUCUGGGUAGUUAUGUGAUUUGUGAUUGUCAUGGCGGCAGAUAGUGAUGGUGAUCUGAUUGAGACGGUGGUAACCUGUGAAGGUGAUCUUAAAGAUCCAGAAUUUCCCCGAAAGUUUGAAAUCAUUGUUGACCAUCUCAAUACUUUGCUUUGCAAAGAAAAAGGUGAUGGUCUAAGGGUAAAUAAAAUCGAACCAUGGAAUUCUGUCAGAGUAACAUUUUCGAUACCCAGAGAAGCUGCUCUGCGGCUUCGAGAGUUAGCAGCUCAGGGUUCUCCAACACUUACACAACUUGGCAUACUCUCAGUACAAGUCGAAGGAGAUCAGGUAAUAUCUUUAAGGAUAGCCAGUCGUUUCGGUGGAGACGCGCAAGAAAUUGUGCUACAUUCUGGAACUACGCAAGAUGGCGGAGCAAAAUCACAAGGAGAUGCUACUAGUAAUACAGCUGCUGCUGACAGUAAUCCUUCGACAGCUUUACCUGGGCCCAGCAAUGCCACCAGCAUUUCAUCAACAUUACAUAACGUCGCUCAGAUAAUAGCAGCUGGAACAUCAUCAGAAAAAGCUCCUCAGUUUCGUUCUCCGAAUGUAGUCGCUCCCACAGACUGUGAUCCUAUUCCACCGUUUCUCGCGAAAUCGGCACAGUCUACGUCGGCGGGUAACGCUGGCGUUUCUGGAAACCAGCAAGUGAUUAAUCCCAGUGCAUCGCCCAGGAACAAUUACAACGGUCCUUUCCCAUUUGCUAGUAUGACACAUGCUGCCCAAGCGAUACACAGCCGCGAAUCGCAAUCCACAACAAUAAAGAAUACGGUGCAGUUCAAGCACCACGCGCAACCACCACCCCCAUAUCCAUCUCAAGAGAAUUUGGCGACAGUUACGGCAUUGACGACCGGUCACACGACAACGCAGCCGGUCGUUACUGUUGGACAAUUAACGAAUCAGUACAAGCAGCCCACGACGAUUGCUACAACAUCUAGUCUGUCACCAAACAACAACAGUACCAAUUUGGCAGGAAGUUCGAACGGUAGUGGGAAUCAGGUCGCCUUGUCCAGUCCGUUGCUCGUGAAUCUUUUACAAAACGAUGCUGGUACGCACGCAAACAACGUCAUACCCGGUCAGAAGAUGUUACCACCGGCUGUUAUCGAUAAUCCCGGACUUACCAAUCGCAUGAGACCCACCAAGAAACCUACGGUUAGAAGGAAAGAUCUCCCAUCGCCCAGCGAAUCGCCACCAAAUUUGGAUACCUUGAGAAGCGAAGACUCGACCGGAGGAACGGCGACGACGACGCCACCAGUUAUUCCCGAUUUGCCUCAGACUUCUACGUCAUCGGCAUUCGCAACUGUCAACGUUAAUCAACCGUCGACGCUUCCGCCGCAGCAACAUACCGCGGUAAUCGGUGCUGGAGCUGGACAAAAUAUGAUGCCGCCGCAAGCGGUGCAUCAAACGGUGCCGGCUAGUGGGCCGAUGCAGCAGAAGCAGCAGCAGCAGCAGCAAGCGACAGUUUUACACAAUCAAGUACAAACGCAGCAAAAGUUUCCCAUUAGGCACGAUUUGGCUCAUCGAACUUCGCAGGUCCAAAUGCAGAAUCAACUCUCCGCCAGGCAUCCAGUGAAUGGACAGCAGAUCAGAACACAGUUGCAACAACGGCAGUUGUUGAUUCAACAACAACAACAACAGCAACAACAACAGCUCCUUACGCAGCCGCAAUCAACGCAAUUAAAUCAACAACAAAUUGUCUCGCAAGUUCCAGCGGCACAGUCAACUUUGCUUCAACAACAGAAUACAAACGCUGCAUCGUUGCAAACUGCGUCUCUCAUCAGUCAGUCAAUAUUGCAGCAACAACAUCAACAACUGAUACAAUAUUCGGCGGUAGGCUUAAAUGUCUCACAACAACGGCUAGGUUACUUAAACAGUCAACGUCAACAAACUCCGCCGCCUUAUCCGAGGCAACCAGUACCGCAACAAACGCAUUUAAGUCAACAGAAUCAGGCUCUCAAUGUACAACAGCAGCUGCAUCACAAUCAGGUGAAGAAUAUCAAUGCGGAUACCAGCGCGACUACUGAUUUUCGUUACGGACAGAGCCAGAAUAUUCUUAGCAGAAAUUACCAAUCUCCUGCAACGAGCAAUGCUAAUGGGACCACGUGGAACGCACAAAGCAAUUCUAUUCCACAAGGUGCUCAAGUCAACACCACACGUCUGUCAGUCUCGAAUCAGGUUUCAGGUGCCUUUCCUCAAUGUGGCUCUCGUAUAAAUAAUUCUACUACUAGCGUUGCUCCGCCUGUCAACAAGACUGAGACUUCCGACUCUCCGAAACUGGAAGAGGAAGCCCCGGAACCGGAACCGGAGUACACCUCAACCGGAAAGAUACGACAGUUUCUGAUCAAUCCUUUGACAGGACACUUAGAGCCAAUGCCCAGUGAAAGUUCAGAUUCAGAGCCAGAGAGUGCAGUGGAUAAUCAAGAUGAUUUCUUCUCCUUUCCGUCUCCGUCAAACGACAGAUCAAACUCGAUAUUCUCCGACGAUGAUGCGGACAGCAAUUUUUCAAGAAGAAACGACACGACGACGAACACGGAUCAGUCCGAUUCCGAAACAACGGCGAAGUCCACGGCCAGCGAAGGAAGCUUGAAACACAGUAGAAUAAAAUCCAGUAGGGAGACCGCGCAUAGCCCGAUGCCGGGAGAGAAAAUCAAACUGCGAUUGAAAUUGGAAAAAUCGGAGCCGGUUACACCGGCAUAUAAGGUUGACGUUUCUUUCGUGAAUACGCCGCCUAUGCGGAAAGCUGACAAGUCCGUGAAUAAAAUGUUUGCCGGUGGUGUCCCGAAUACGGGGACCGGUGACGAACCGCUGCGAGUGCCUCCGUUACACAUUUCUUUAAGAGGACGUAACGCUUCAGUAGUACAAAGAGAAAAAGUUAAAAAAUCUCUAAAAGAGAGUGAAGGUGAUGCGAUUAAGAGGAGAGGUAAAUUGAAGAAGAUGAAGGAGUGCAUCGAUGGGAACAAGUUGUUGCAGAAGAAAUCAUUGAACAUGAUUAUCGGCACUUCCUCUGCAUCGAAAUUACCUUUGUCUACUUCCACGAUAAACAAUGCCAUUUGUAAAGUCGGUAAUAACAUGUUACAAACUGCUGCAGCCAAAUCGAAUGCCUUAAAACAAGAACUACCCGUGGACACCAUGCGAUUGCAAACUGGUACCACUACCAAACCAAGUUCGAGUAAAAAUAGCGAUAUGGACGAUAUACCGUUGAACAGUAGAAUACCGUCUCCUUCGAAGCAUAAAUCUGCGAUCGCGAAUCAACCUUUAAAUACUCCACAAGCUUUAACGAAGACUCAAGUGGAUCUCGAUGCACAGAACCACAUGCAGGAACAUAAAAUAGGAGGAGGUAAAACAAAGAGAAGGGAUUCUAAAAAGAAAUCAGAAUCUGGAGAUGGAUUACAUCGGGAACAAAAUCUGCUGUCUGGAGGUCGAAUUUUAGAUAAUCAAGCGAAAUGGAGGAAGCUCGGUUACAAGGGCGAUAUAACUCAUACAAUAAGAAAACCGGAUUCACUUUUAACUGGAAGUGACUUUAAUACAAUCAAGAAAGUUGGCGAAAUGCGAAGAACGAGUGAUAGCGACAUCAGUAAAUCAGCCGUUGAGAAAAGUAAUUCAUUAAGCAAUGUUGCUCCUAAAAUAACGGAGCUUAAUGGCGUGAAGAAAGACUUAAUAACCCAAGACAAGAGAAGGCGAUUAAGCUUAAUGGAUGAAAAAGAUCUGCAUUUAGGAGAAUCUCCAAAUACAGAAGUCACACAUUUUAACAGCCAGAAGGUAGCUUCUGAAAGUUCUGCUAAUACGGUACCGAAUAUAAAAGCAAACGCCAGUCUGUCCUUCGAGAGUGAUUCCGGAUUAAAAUCGACAAAUUUGUCGGUACAACAGGGUGACACCAGAACUUCAUCAAACAAUCCCGAGACCAAGAUACCUGUGCUCAUAGAGACUACGACGAAGAAUUCUCAGCCAUCUGUGACCAGGGUGCUCUCUGUUAAGAAUAAAUCCGACAUGGAGAAUUAUAUCGCCACUGUUAAAAGUCAGAACAUGGGUCAGAAGCUAAAGAAUCAUAUGAUCGCCAAAAGCGAGGCGAAUUCCGUUAUAAACAGGCACAGCAAAACGGUCGAGCAGUUGAGCUUCAUUCAUAAGAAGACUAUUCAAAACCAUGUUAAGCAGGUUGACAAACCGUCGAUGGAAAGCAAGAUAGACAGCGCGUCACAGAGGAUCAGUCUGCUGAAGACCACGCCAGGCUCGGUGAUCGGCAACUCGGUAGAUCAAGUCCCCAGGUCGCAGAGUAUUGACGUACCAGCGAACAAGCCGAUCUUACCCAUCGGCGAGAUAAACGUGACCGAGGCGAAAGUCAAGCAGAAGUUGCUCGAGAAUACAGCAGUACCGAUUGGUAUCGGCGUUGACGCAAAUAUCGAGAGAGUCGGUAGCAGCGGCGGCGGCGAGGAUUCGGGCAUCGAGUCGAUGGACGCUCUUUCGGAAAAAUCGCCGAAUCAAGGAGAGUCUCCUCUGCACAGGCCGGCAUCGGCGACCGAAUCGGUGACGCAAAGCAGCACCAAGAAUGUAAUACAGGGAGAACCCUCCCUAUCAACCACCAAUAAGAACGUGCCUUCCUCAACUAGUAGUAGUGAUAUGUGUUCAAAUUCCCAUUCGGAACUUCUCAAGUCCAGUGGCCCACAAAGGUUAAGUCCUGUGUCCGUAACGAGUUAUUUUGAGAAUCAGUUGAAUCGCAAUAUAUCAAACUCCAGUGAACACGACGCGAAGAAUGUGUCUAGCGAGAAAUCGUUGUCGUCGACAGUUCCGAGAACUGGUGGUGGAUGUAGUGAUUUGGUUGCUAGUUUAGACACUGCGAAUAAUGACAAAAGUAUGCCCAGUCCCCUGGUGACGGGCACAGUGACUGUUCUGACAGCGUCUGUAACCAGCAGUAUGAAUAGUGAUAAUAACUUAUUGCAAUGUGCACAUCAGCAAGCGAAAGACUUCUCCGAUAAGGACAGUUCUAGCGUUAAAUUAGAGAGUACUGUUAACCAAAACGAUCAGGGUAAGGCAAACUCUAAGCACGAGGAGUCGAGAGCUGCUGAGAGUGUAGCCGAGGACAGCACGAAAUCGGUUGUAGAAAGUAACAGUGCAAUUAGACUAAGCGGUGAACCUCACGGACAGAAUAAUAAUAACAUUAACAAUAAUAAUAAUAAUAAUAAUGGUGUGCCUAUAAUACAAAAUCAUGUUGCUUAUAAUAAAGUUGAAACUGUAAAGCUCGAUAGUGCGGUCGCGAACAAUGCUAACGCGGCGGCAGAUAAUUCUUGCUCGAACGGUGAGAGUUGCAAUUCAGAAAUCAAAGUAGAAUCUAAAAUUAACGUAAAGGUGGAUGACACCAGGCAAACUGAUCGGUUCGAGGUCUCAAAAACCAGUAAUGUUCAAGUGAACGCAACGUCAGUUAAAGUAGAAACGUGCACUGAACAGAACCAGAAGUAUAAUGUACAAAGCCACCAGCAAAUCACGCUCAAAGAGCCUUCUGUGAAUCUUCAAAAGGUUACGGAUGAUUUGGUUAAGAAGAUGGUUAACGAUACGAGCGAUCUGAACGCGGGUAUCCAGUCACCGCUCGGCGAGGAUCCGCAGCCCAUUAGAAUCACCCCACCCUUGUACACAUACUCCAAUCCCGUGGUGCUGCAACGGGACGAGACUCCGAGUCCGGCGGCGCAGAAUCCCGAAGUGGACUCCAGCGACGUGGAACACCUUAAGCGUAAACGUAGGCGAAAGCAAGAGCUCGAAGGCCGACAGGACGUCAUAUGUAUAGAGGACAACGAUGAGGGACAUUUUGUGGAGAGGCUGAAUUCCAACAGUUCGGAGGAAUACGUGAAAAGGCCACCGAAAUCAUUGCUGGAACAGCUGCUGAUCGAUAUCCCGAACGACAACAAUGAGAAAAGAUCGUUGAGAACCAGAUCGCAGAAGUUGAACAGCCCGGAUAUCGCCAAGACUCCGAAGAGCAGCCCUCACGGUCCUAACAAAUUAGAGGAGCGCCGUAGUAUAUCGCCCUACGCGAAAGCAAGUCCAAAACUGGCAGUAUCAAAACUGUCUCCUAACGCGACAAUAAAGAUAGGGAAACGGAAAAGGCAAGAGAGCGAGAGUUCCGUUGCAUCGAGCACAGCUGACGAUCCACAGCCGAGACCAGGUAAACGGAAAUGCUCAGAGAAUGCUGCAGAACUUAUUAAAGCUUGCAUGGGUGUAGAAGAAACUGGUUCUAUAAAGAAACAAGUACCUGGCAAGGAAGAGCAAUCAAAGAAGGGAUUCAACAUAUUGGCAAAGGCUAAAAAAGGUCCCAUUGUGGUAGAAGUAGAUUCGUCUGAUGACGAACCAUUGAUUGAGUCUGUAGGAAAAGCAAGGGUACGAUUGUCAGAUGAAACAUCCGCUGCUUCCCCAAAGCCCAAAGAUCAAAAUAAUAGAGUGCAAAGAGAGAGCCGUUUGUUAACCACCAAGCAACCGAAUACGGCAACCGUGACGACAUUGACGACGACAGCGACGGCGAUGACUGCGACGACGACAAUAACAAUGCCGAUGAUAACGACGAUCACGACAAUCACGACAACUGCGACUACUACUACUACUACUACGGCGGCAGCGGCAGCGGCAGCGGUGGCGGCGGUGGUAGCGCGGCGGCGGCGGCGGCGGCGGCGGCGACGACGACGACGACGACGACGACGACGACGACAACGACGACGACGAUGACGACGACGACGACGAUGACGACGACGACGACCACCACCACCACCACCACCGUGGCAACGACAGCGACGGCAGUUAGCGUUGGAAAAGAGAGAUUACGAGGCACUUCCGUAUCCAGCAACGAAUCCGUGGGCGAAGUAACGACGAGAAGGUCUGUACGGCAGAAUACAGCUUCACCUCUAGCUACACCAGCGAGCAACACUAGAGGCGCGUCCAAAUCCUCGGACGACAUUAACAGAAGGAAAACUCGUAGUGGUGCUGGUACGUAGUCGAUUUACUCUUUAGAAUAACUCACCUAAAGGGUACACGACUGCACCUAAUCUCUAGAUUUGCAAUUAUUAAUUUAUCGUCGAUAAGCAUGCUGUCUACUCUUAGUAUUAUUGUUAAUGUAAGAUCUGUUUCAUUCAAAUUUGCAGUUUCUAUUCUAUUUGCGCCAAUUUUUAAUCCUUUCUCCCAAAUUUUUGGCAUGCCAUUAUGUCAAAUAUGUAUAUAGUGAAGAGUUCGAUAUAUUAAUUAUUAAUGAGAGACAUAGAUGUUGUAGUGUUAUAUGUUUUGCAUACUAUUUUAAUUGAGAACACCUCGUACAGCGGGAAAACAUUGUUUUAGUAACGGCGGAGACGGCGGAGCAAGCGAAACGGAGGCGAAUAUCCCGAGAAAACAAAUGACCUUCGGGAAGUGACCUUGACAGUGAUUAGCUACCGCUCGUCAAGGCCUAUCUGUCUGAUUGUAAAUCCAACGUAAACGGGUAUUUGAUCGCCGUGUGGCUGGAUCCCACCUGGUGAAAUUGUAUGCGUCACACUAUAGCGCACAACGUUGCUGUAUAUGUACCGGGAGUAUUGUAUUAAAAAGAAGUGCUGGACGGUGUGAAAGCAUCUCGUGCUGUAAAACAUUUCAUCAGCCGAUAUUAAGUUAGUCAUGCAUAAAAGAAUAGCGUCAGCGCAUUUCUCUUCUUUCUUUUUGUACCUUUUUUUUCUUUAGUCUUGUUUCUUUUUUCUAGAACAUAAGUAAAGAUUAUAUUGUUGCAAGUUUUAAAAGGAUAUUGUUUAAAAGUUUUGUACAUUUAAUGAACCAUCCAUUAUUAAUUGUUACAUCGUUAAAUGUUUAAGAAUAGCAUGUGUGUAUGUGUGAAAAACAAGUUAAAAGCAAUCUACUAUAGUUAUCUUUUCACCGUCUAGCGUUCUCAUUCAUGCUGUACUCCUAUAAACAGCAAAGUUUAGUUACUCAGAUAUGACUUGCUCAAUGCAUCACACUACAAUCUAAGUAACUGAACUAACCCAAAACUGCCGAGAUAUUGUAUGUAACUUUCUUUUACCACUCAAAUGUUUCAUUCUAUCGACAAGUACUAAAAUUUCAUUCUUCGAUGUGCAAUUUUCUAACGUCGUUAUUAGAUGUAAGAGAGGGAAGAAAAGCUAGCUUUAUAGAGAUUUAAGAAAAUUUAAGAAAAACCUAAAUUAUAUUUAUGUGUUUCGAGAAUCAUCUUCUCUCAUAUAAUUUCUUUCGUUCAUUGUAUCAGUACAAAAUAAUAAACGGUAAAAGAAAGUCCAAAUUUUUAAGGCAUUAAAACGCGAAUCCGAUUUGUACUACUGCCGUAAAUAAAAUACAUAUUUACCGUGGACAAAUUUGUUAACUGGUGGAGCUUAGAUUGCUACUCUCUGACGACUUUGCUGAUAGACUCUGUUUAGAUGAUGUCUCUGUUUGUGUAUACAUAUUUAUUUAUUGUGUGUCAUCUCUAUUUGUUAUGAAAAGUUUUCUGUAUAUACAUGUAGGUAAAGUGCACAUAUAUACAUAUAUACAUAAAAUAACGAUAUAUAAAUUUUUUGCACGAAUUAGUUUCUGCCAUAUGCUGAAGCUCCACGCCAAGACACAAAGCAGUAACGCUUUCGUACUUAUCUAUGCGAAAGAUGAUUUUGAAAUAUUUGUCCGAUCUUAGACAAUUAUACCACAAUUGCAUCUUAAAUACCGAGAAUAAUAAAUUUACAUAUUGAUGUAUAAGGACAAUGAUGAACGUGAAAGAGUCGUUUUUCACAUUUAUAAUUAUAUUCCAGAGAUGAAUGUAUAUUUUAACCACAGCAAUUUAGCGAUUAAGUUUAUAAUUAUUGUAGUAUUUUUUCGUUUUUCAGACUUAGCAAACAUAGUCUUUCAGUAAGAGGUUCGUCUCGAGUUAUAAUAUUGCAGAGGCCGGGAUAUAGAACUUUUGAAAAGGGAUUUAUUUUAUUUAUGAAAUGAUAAAUACAGUGAACGUUGGAAGACACGCGUGUAUAUGUGAAGAUGAUAAGAAUAAUUAUUAUAAGAAAACUAAUUAAUACAAAAAAAUGUUAAUUUGAUAUAGGUAAUAUAUGAAUGAAUAUAUUUUGUAAAUAAUUUCUUGUAAAGACAAAAAAGCACCACCCGUUGUAUAUAUAGAAACUGUUUAAAUUUUUAUUAAAUUAGUAAUAAUUAAACUUGUGCAAGAAGUCGUAACUGUCAUCAUUAUUAAUUAAUUCUCUCGCAUUCAUGUAAUUAAGAUACUAACUCUUCUUAUACAAAUUUAAAACUACAUUGAAUUAUAUGUGCAUACGUAUAUACAAAUGUAAAUCUAUGUAUGUGAUUUAUAUCGAUUAUUGUUUUUGUGAACAGAUAAUCUAGUUUUAUAUUGUAUAAAUAUAACUUACACACAGUUGAGAAUCUUUAAAGUUCUAGCUGAGCCUGCAGUAGUCAUCACGUAGCACUGUUCAAAUUUUUCAUGAAAAUUAUGCAUUUCUUAUCCAGUUCAGAUAUAGACAUCCUUCUUUUCAUACGACAAAUCAAAUUUAGGAUAUUAUUUAGCAAAUAAUAUUACGUGAAUUAACAAUUACUAAUUAUAUAUACAUAAUAAUUUAUCAAUAAUUAUUUAUCUUAGCAGAUAUUCUUUCAUUUUCUGCAAGUGUUACAUGUGUGUUACACGUUCUGUAGACAAUUUUCUGUGUCACGUCAUUACAGAUAAAUACGUUCUAUUUAGAGUAUUUGUCUAAGAUUGUAAUUAUGGAUUAUACUAAUGUGUAUACGUUAAAAGUGAUUAAAUUGAUUUAUAAUAUUAUUAAAGUGAUAAUCUUGUUUCCAAGCAUAGAUUUUGCAUAAAUCUCCGAUUUCUCGUCACAGACCAAGUAAACAUUAAUUACAUAAUAGAGAAAAAAAGAAAGAUUGUCGUAACAAGAUUGUUAUAAACAUAGAAUGUACAAAAUACACGAUAAGCGCAGUGCUCAAUUAUGUAAUGUAUGCAUAAAAAAAAUUUCCGAUACUUUUUUCCCCAAAGGCUCGAUGGCUACCAGGCGACCACUUCUUUAAUAGAAAUGCUUUUUUCACGCUAAGAUUAAAUACUGAAUUUAAAUUAUAAUAUUUAAAAUAGGAAAAAAUUUCAUCGAUCUAUGACCAAAACAAUUUAAGAGAGAUCGAGACUGCUUCUUGGGUUGUAGCUUCGUUGAAUUUAUUCCUAUUUUUAAUAUCAAUUUAAAUUAUUUAGUUAAAAUAUUGCUUGUUUAUUAGAAUUUAUUUCUGUUGUAGAGACAAGAAACACAUACAGACACGUACACACAUACACUGAAUCACAUAUUGUAUAUAAUAGCUUAUUUUACUCGGAUGAGAAAUUACACAACCUGAUUGUACAUAAAAAAAAAUAUGAAGAGAUGGGUACAGGAUUUUUACCCGCGUUUGAUUUCAUCCGUAUCCUAUAACGCAAAUAGGAACGAGUGUAAUAUAUAAUAAUUUAAUUGCAGAAUAUUACAGGAGGUAAUUGAAGAAUUGUAAUUUCGAUGUAAAAAAUAUUCUCUUUCGCAUUAGAUAGAUAGGCUAGGCAUUAUUAUGUUACAAUUUUAUCAUUGAAUAUUACAUUUAUAUUGAUUGUAUAGAUUAUGAACAAGAGAAUAAGCUCUUUGUGUAAAUACAGAUAUAUCUUAAGUAUAAGCGGACAUUUAGCGCGCUCGCAUAAUUAAGGAGCUUCUAAAGUAUCUCUGCCGCAAAUAAUCGCAUUUGUAUGCGUGUAAUGUAAAGGAGGAGGAAGUGGUUCAAACAAUGCGCCAAAGAUCAGAUAUGCCGAGUACGAUAUGAUGGGGUAACUGUCGGGCACAGUCAUCGGUAAUAAUUUUGAAGAAGCGGGUGUACGUGUGAGAAGCUCAAUAAAUAAAUUGGUGUCGAUACUUGUGGUUCGUGUAACGGUGUAUAAGUCUACAUGCUCUACCAUCUACGCGCAAUCUACAAUAACUAUGCCGAUAACAAAUGAUCUUUUACGUCUGUUUAUAUAAAUAUACAUAUAAAUAUAAAUAUUAUAGUCGCGCGCGCUUGUGACGAGCUCCUUAAUUUUGUAGGCAAAGCCGCAAAAAAAUAUGUAUAUGGAUAUGCGUUUUAAGAUCACCAGAUUGGAAUUGCGGUUUGAUGACUUUAAAACCUGCUAUAUGCAAAACAUUUGUAUUUUUAGUAUUUGGUUAUACGAUAUAUAAAUAGCAGUAAAAAGGAAGUAAACGAUUGAUAAUAAUCCAAGUGGAUAAAUCUAUAUAUAUAUAAAUAUAUAUAUACAUGAAAUAAAGAAUUAGAUACCAUAUAUUAUAUUUGUAGAAACGAUUGAGCACGUGAGAGAUAUCGCGCUAUGAUUAUAUGGAGAAAAUAUUACAAUUAUAUUAUUACCUAUUAUUACACAAAGUGAAUACACAAUAUAGUAAUUUGCUAAUUGUAUCUUUUAAUAAUUAUUGUAGACACAUUGAAGAAGGUUUUUUUCUUGUUAUUAAUUAUUAAUUACCAUAGACUUAUAAGACAAUGAAAAAUGUGUUAUAAAAAAAACCA